AGACUCACUCUUAUAACUGCUUCACCUCUUCAUCGUCUUAGCUCCGUACCCCUCAGGACCAAAACUCAAGCAUUUACUGCUUUGCAGAGUCCCAUUCCUGAAAAGAGAAUUUCAGACAGUUGGUAAGCUUAGUAAUUCAAAAUUUUAAAGUAAAUUUAUAUUACAAAACAACUGCUUUAUAUGCAUUAUUUCUCCAUGGAACGGCUCAGCAAUAAAACAUAACCUGUUUGACAGCAACUAAGAAGUUGACAUUAGCCAGAAAUCAGUUGCUAACAUAAAAUCAUUGUCCUUCCAGAUCAUUGUUUCUCCCUUUUCCCUGAACCUCCCAGCUCCUCUAAGGUUCAUGUCAUCAGAUUAUACCAUCCAUUAUCCCUCAGUUGUUCAUGUCAUUCACAGACCUCAAAAGAUACUCCCCUAGUAUUUUAAUCCUUAGAGUUUAACAAACGUCUCAAUACCUCUUUCCUCACUACUGUUAGAAUUCUUAGUAAUUCCAAUACCCACUGAACAAUCUUUCCAAUUCUCGGGACUCUCAAUUUCUUGAUCGCCUGACUUCCAAUGAUGUUUUUCUUCCACCUGACCUAGCUGCCAUUUCCCAUGGUUACAUCCUAGAACUGGCCCAUCAUCAAUAACUGAAACUUCUCCGGAGUUUCCAUUUCAAACAUCCCAUUCUCUACUCACCAACUCCUCCAUUUUCUGCUUACUUCCCUCUCAUAUCCUUUCCGACAAUUCUUUAACUCCACUGGGUUCUCCAGCCUAUUGCUCCUGCUGACUUUUCACUCUGCAUUGCAGUCCCCCCUGCCUCCGUGGUAGUGAGACAGGGCAGCAAGCCUCACUUCCUUGCCCACCCAGCUUAGUUUCCACAGUCCAAUGUUAUAAAUCACUUCCUUGUAAACACUCUCAAUUCCCUUGCUGCAGUCUCUCUCCAUCAUACUUGUCUAGUAAUACCCUAGUCCUACUUAAAUACAACUCUCAGCCCACUCUGUGCCUGCACAUGACCAGAAAAAAUACACAAUCAUGCUGACUGGCAUCUCUUUGAAUUCAUGACCAUAAACCUCUGGAACUCUGGGUUUGUGUGAACCUGAGAGUGGGGCCUCCUUAAAAUUUUGCUCCCUAGGUGCCUCUCUAGUCUCACCCUCCCCCGACCCUGGUAGAUGCCAUAGUGCACCAUUCAGCUCUCCCCUUCUGAAAUCAGGCAAGGUGAAACUAUAUUUGUUGAUCUCCCAGUCUUCAGAUGUGGGCACCCCAGGGAAGAGGGUGUGACUUUGAGCAAGGCAGCUCUUAGCUAAGGGCAAGCCUGAGAAAGACUCAGCUAAACUCAGCUAGCCCUUCCUCUCCCCUCUGUCUGGCAUGUUCUUUUCCUAGGUUUCCAAGGGACUCAUCCUCACUUCCCUGAUGCCCAUGCUCAAGCACCUCAUUGCUGGAGAAGUCCUCUCCGACCAUGGUACACAAACUAAACUCUAUCCCUCAAUAUUCUCUCCUGUUACUCUGCUUUAUUUUUCUUCAUAACAUUUAGCAACACCUGACAUUAGAUAGUUCUAACGUUAGCUGCUUCUUUUGGCCUUCCUCUGCUAGAGUGUGUGUUCCAUGAGCACAGAGUUCUGGUUUGCUUAUGUUUAUAUCCCCAGUGUCCAGAACAAUGCCUGGUAUACAGUAGGUACUCCAUAUAUACUUGUUAAAUGCACAAAUGAAAAUACCUUGAAUUCAUAGUAGUCAACUCAUAGAAGACAGAGUGGUUUAGUAGAAGGAUCUUAGAGCGCUGAGACUGAUUUUUUUAAACAACUUCAGUGGUGUAAAACUGACAUACCAUAAACUGCACAUAUUUAUAAUAUAAACUCAAUGUUUUGACAUAUGUAUACACACAUGAAACCAUUACAAUAAUUCAGAUAAUGAACAAAUGCUUCCUCCCCACUUUUGUAAUCCCUUUUGUAAAUGGCAGGGAGGUACUGGGGAUGGAUGGAUUUAAUGUGCUCAUUAAGGACCUCCCAUUGUCUUUCUCAGCACAGGGACAUGCUGCUGCCCUUUCCCUUUCUUUCUUCCUUUCCCCCUCCCUCCCUCCCUUCCUCCCUUCCUUCCUUCCUUCCUUCCUUCCUGCCUUCCUUCCUUUCUUGAAUGUAACUGACACAUAACACUGUCAAGUUUGAGGCAUAAGUUUGAGGUGCACAAGUGUUACUUUGAUACAUUUAUAUAUUGCAAUAUGAUUACUACAGUAGCAUUAGCUAACAUCUCUAUCGCAUCACAUAAUUACCAUUUCUUUUUUGUGUUGAGAACAGUUAAGAUUUAGUCUCUUAGCAACUUUGAAGUUUACAGUACGUUAUUGUUAACUAUAAUCACUAUGUGGUACAUUAGAUUCCCAGAACUUCUUAUCUACUAGUUUUAAGUUUCUACCCUUAAACAACAUGUCCCCAAUCCCUCCACACCAGCCGACAGCAGAACCAAUCACUUUGUACUGAAACAACAAUAAGAACAACAAAUAAAGGUGAAAAAGAAAAAAUAAAACUGGUCAGGAUCCCCAAGUUUAAAAGAAUCAUUUCACUAUGUCAAUAAUUUCUAUACAGCUUCAUAAAGUUUUUAUCUAGAAAAGAAUUUUUAAUAGAAAAGGGGAGCAUUCUACACAUCACCUUGAAACCCAUGUUACAGUAGCAUUUUGACCCGCUUGGCAUAGCUUUCUUCCACUCUCUUCUUUUUUUUCAGUCUUUGCAAUACCUGUACCUGCCAGUCUCCAGGUGCCCCUAGUUACAGGUCAGCUCCACACAGAAGGGGAGGAGCUACUUCCCGGGGUCUGUUCCCAGAAUCACAGCCCCACAUCCCAGCGACAAACAGUGCUGCCCACCCGGGGACCAAAGAGGACCCUGCCCACUUUGUUGUGUGCCAUGUGAGUGCUCAGUCCAACAGGAUGGCUGGUGGACAGGUGAAAUGUUUGUCUGUGAUUGGAUUCAGUCUUAUCUGCCUUAAAAUUGUUGCUUCAACAAAAACAGCUCCCAAAAUACCCACUAUCGAUCAGGCGUAUUCAAAACUCAGCAACAGUAUCACUGUGGAAUGGGCUACAGUGCCAGGGGCCACCGGUUACCUCCUCACGGCCAGAGACGGGAACGCUGUCAUUGAAACCGUGGUGGCCAGUUCCCCAGGCACUGUGACGGGCCUGAAGGCUGCAACCUUGUACCAAAUCACCAUCAGAUCCAUCAGUCCUGCUGGGAGAAGCCAGGCAUCGCCUCCAAAGCAGGCAAAGACAGUGCUGGCUGCACCAAUUCUACAAGUAAGCUCUCCAAGUCCAGACUCUAUUCUUGUGCAGUGGGAAACCGUAUAUAUGGCAACUGGAUUUUCUGUGUCCAUUAUGCGAGCUAAUGGUUUGGGGAGAAUAUGGAAAGAAAAUACCACCAACACCUCCUUGACAUUCACCAGUUUAGACGCUGGGACUCUCUACACCAUAAAGGCCUAUGCGUGGAAUGCCAGCGGAACACCUGGGGAUGACUCCACCUGCAAUCAGAGAACAGGUCCUCGUGCUCCUGCCAACAUUCAAGUCUCUUUUGAUAGUGGUUCUCUGAAGGCAUAUGUUUCAUGGGCACCGACAGAAGGAGCUUUCAACUAUACCGUGAUGGCUUUGAGUGACUCUUCCAGGCUGAGCUGUAGUACGACUUUCAGUUCCUGCACCAUCUCCUCUCUCCAGUGUGGAACCGAGUACCUGAUAUCAGUUUUAGCAGCUAAUGAUGCCGGAUCUAGCAGAUCAAUUUCAGCAGUGGCCCUGAGAACUGUUGCUUGUGCACCUGGAAGGGUGACAAUCCAAGAAGAUCCCCCUGGCCACCUGUCUGUGGUUUGGUCCAGCGUGCAUCUGGGUGAUUACUAUGUGGCCUUUGUGAAGAAUGACGAUGGCUUGGAAGUACACUGCAACACCUCCCUCACCCAGUGCAAUUUCUUAUCUGAGUGUGGCUUCACUUACUUUAUUAGUGUUUUUGCCUAUAACAAGGCAGGACAGAGUCCUUUGGGUGAUGUGUUUAAUUAUACCACAGCCCCCUGUUGUCCUGGUGACAUUAACCCUGUGUUGGUGUCCAGUGACAGAGUAGAGAUCGUCUGGUCUCCUGUCCGUGGUGCCGAACUUUAUGAAACCAAGGCUGUAGAUGGGUUCAGCGUGGUUGAAUGCAAUGACACUGUUCCGGCUUGCACCCUUUCUGCUCUAGAGUGUGACACCAAGUACAACAUCACGGUGUAUUCCUUCAGUGAAGUCCGGGGCAGCAAUACAUCGUGUACUUCCCGAUUUAUAACCACAGCUCCUUGCAGUCCUGAAAUCAAAAAUGUUUCGAAGGAUGCCUUUUCCAUGAUUAACGUGUACUGGCGAUCCACUAAUGAUGAGGCCACUUACACGGUGACUGCCCAGGGAGAGAAAGGGCUGCACCGGUGCAGCAGCACGGGAGAGUCCUGCACCUUGUGGGGCUUGCCCUGCGGCUCAGUGUUCUCCGUCACUGCUGUGGCUGAAACACCAGCAGGACGGAGCCUGCCCAGCUACAGUGUGCCCUUAGAAACGGUGCCGUGCUGCCCAGCCAGUCUGACAGUAACUCAGGUCACACAAUCGGUAAUCAACGUGAGCUGGACUGUUGGGACCGGCGCCCAAACCUAUGUGACAGCUCUGGAGUCACACACUGGACAGUCUAAGUGUCACACCCGUCAAAACCACUGCCUCCUGGGAUGCAUCACAUGCGGCAUCAAUUACACAGUGGCAUUAAAAGCAAUUAGUGCCACUGGGUUGACUGCGGACUGUGGCUACCAAAGUUAUUCCUCGAGUUCCUGCUGCCCUUUGGGGGUGAAAUUAUAUAGGCUGGUCCCUAAUGGUAUCCGGAUCUACUGGCAGGCCUCCAGGGGCUCUGCCAAUUACAGCACUGACCUCUAUGGUUCCAAAGGCAUUUUCACGUGUGCCCCAAGCGCUGGUCUCAGUUUCUGUGAUAUCACCGAGAUACCCUGCGGGGAUGUAUAUACCGUGAUGGUCUCCCCCGUUGCUGAGACAGGACUGAAGCUUACUUUCUGUCCAAAAAAAAUAUAUUCAGUAACCUGUUCUGGAAGUACACUUGGAAUGGUGAUUUACAGAGGGAAGAGAAAUGCGGUGUGACAUAGUGAACCAUGGAUAAAAAAAGAGACUUGACUAGUGAGUAAUUUAAAUUGAAAUGGUAUGAUUCAAAGGCAAAGUUUUUUUUUUUUGCUUUGCUUUAAAAAAAUUCUUCCCAUAUCUUUUUCAGAGUUUCCUCAAUUGUUAGUGUGAUUAGAGAUGGAAAAGAUCUAUUAGAAUGCAAAAUGCCUCUAGGAUAGGACAAGCCCUUUUGGCCUUUAGAGAACCACUCUAGCUCCGUUUCCUGCAGGAAGGUGUGACCUCACCUGCACAGGAGUUCAAGAUCGGCUGCGGAGAGAACUCAGUAGAGAAAUGAAUCCAGAAAGUCCUCUGGAAGGCUGCCAGAGUGAGCCAGCACACUGGGAAAGUCCUGGAAAUGUGAAAGUUCUGCUUAGCAGAAAUUCUUUAUUUCACAUUCAGACAUACUAUGGACUUCAGCACACCCACUUCAUAAGCAUUUCAUCGACCCCAGCACUUGCCGUGUGGCCCUCUAGCCAUUCAAGGGUUGGACACGUCCACCCUCAGAGAAGUCGAAAUCAAGCCACCACACAUAGACAGCGCUCACCCAAGACGAGCCUCCACCAGGACUUUGGCCAAAGUUGGAUAGCAGCAGCUGCCAGGGCCACCUGUAGUAACAAACACCCUCAGCUCAAGUUAGGAGGAAGCUGAGCCACUUGCAGCCUUCACCAAGCCAAAGCAUCGUGUGAUGAGACCUGUGUGUCUGGGAAAGCAGAGCUGUUGGCCUGUUGCUGGAAGGACUGUGGUCAUGUUUUUGAAUGAGCAAAGAUUUCAUAUGGAGGGACAGCCAGGACCAGAGCCUCAAAUGGUGGCAGAGUGACAUAGGGAAGGACCAUCAGUCUUGCUGGCUGUAGCCCCUGCUUACACUCUAACUGCUUUUUUUUUUAAUCUUUGGAGAGAAAAGGCAAUGAUAUAUAAUAUAAAUCUGUUGUACCUAAAAUAAUUUUGUCCUUCAAGUGCCAGUAACCUUAGUAAAAGAUAGUGCGAGUAGGACUUGUGUAAUACACACGUAACUAAAGUGUUUACUCCCCAGAAGCAUAGCUGUGGAACUAAGAACGUCUGUUGUUAGGAACAGCCAUAAAACUCUGCCCAGAGGGAACUGGAGUGUGGAAUUAGCCUUGAGGUACACUAGGAGGGAGCAGCAAACUUCCUUUUCUAUGUCUGCUUUCCCUUUCUGUGUAAGACUGAUGAGAGAUACUCCCCAGAGCAACUGCACUUGAAAAGGACAUAGACGAAGACACGGAUCCCGAAAAAUGGAAUUUGCUGUAUCAGAGAGCACACACAGAGGAGGGCCAAGUUUUAGUUCACUUUUGUUCCUAAAUACCAGUGUCUGAACCGGAGUCAGGCUAGGUGUAUCGACAUCAAUUGGGGAACCCAUUACUUAAUAUAGAUUUCCGGGUACCACCCAUGGAAUUUCUAACCCAGCAGGUUUGGGACCAGGCCUGGGAAUGUAUAUUUUUAACAAACUCACCAAGUGAUUCUGACAUGCAGCCGGGUUUGGGAACCUUAAAAGGCUUGCCUUGGUGAGUUCUUCCUUGAAGCAACAUUUCAAUGAUGGGAAGCUGAGACGUGUUAAAAGAUAAACUGAGGCAUAUUAAAAAUUUUAAGAGUUUAUUUGAGCAGAAAUUGAUUCAAAUUCAGCAGCACCAAAACAGAAAUGGUUAGGAGCGCCCCACUGACAGGUGCUGGGGGCGGGUGUUGGUGGUGAUGGGGCUUUUAUUGAGAAGAGGCAGAAGCAAAGCAAGGAUAUUAUUUGAUUAGCUCUAAAGCUAUGGCCAAUAGCUAUAUAGCUAUAGUGGUUGCCUUAUUUGGGAAACCCUAGUUGGCUGUUUGUGAUUGGUUGUCCUUAGAUUUUGAUUUCUUAACCUCGAGACCCUUACAGACUUAGGUUUUUGUUUGCUUAGGAAGGCCGCUAAGGUAUGAGAACGACCUCAGUCUAAUGGCCUCCUUGUUUAAUUAACUUAACAGAAGAUAGAGGGCUGUGGCAUGUGAGGAAAGAUUGGUGAGUAGAUCUGGAGGGUUCAGAGUGGGUCCAUGCCCUGUGAGGUCAACCAUGAACUGAGGCAGCGUUCUGGGCUGUGGUUCAGAGCCCAUGUGAGACUGCGUGCUGAGCCCGGUUGCUGGCAGGGUGUGCCCUCUGAAAAGAGUUGUGUCCAUGGCUGACUGGAACAGCCAAAGAGCCGAGGGCAAAGGCCAAAUGGAAGGCCAGGAUCCCUGGUUCUAGGACACUAGGGGGCUGGGACCAGUACACUCAUACCCUAUAAAUACCAGAACACAGAAAAUGAAAUGGCCUGUCUACUUAGCUAGGCAUCUAAGUCUGGGGUGCUUUGGUCAGAAUUCUGCAGAAGACAAUGUUGUCCCCACUGAGUGAACAUAAAAUCAAAACAUGGACGUAGCACAUACUACAUGCUUCUAAGUGCUUUUCGCAUACUCAUUUCGUUCUCAUAAAAACCCUGUGAGCUAGAUAAUAAUAUUAUUCCUUUCUACAUUUAACAAAAAUGAGACCCAGAAAGGUCAAGGAAUUCAUCCAUGUUCUCACAGCUAACCAGUUGAAACACAAAUUAUCAGGGGGCCAUUGAUCAGACCUGCUAGUCCAUGAUAUUUUUACGGAAAAUAUUUCUCUGGGUUAUCAUGAUUAAGUGAUAAAUUAUUAGAGGAGAAGACCUGGGAAUAAGAUGGUGAGAGAGUGAACUGCCCUAACUCAAGAGAUUUUACAUUCAGCCCUCAAUCAUUGUAGCAGUUUAUCAGCUCUACAAAUUAUGCAAAGCAGACUUUUCAUCUCUGACAAGCAUUGGUGGAUUUUACCUUCCAUUCUGCUGUGUCGUGUUCAGGGAAUUCAAAUUCCUGUUCAAUCUGUUCAGGCAAACCAACUAAAGGAGACUAGAGAGACAGCUCAGGGAGGUUAUGUGAAACUAGGGGAGCAAGUGAGCUUAGGCAAUGUGGUACAAUGGAAAGGGCAAUGGUUUUGGAGCCAUCUUGAGGUCUUACGUGAUUUAACUUCUCUGAAUCUGUUUUCACAUCUGUAAAAUGGCAAUAAAGAUUAUCAUCUUGUUGGGUUGUUGUGAAGUUUGAGAUAUUAUACUCUAUUCAACAAAUAAAUGCAAUGACACUGGAGUGUUUCAAGUCACACUACUAAUUAAAGGCAAAGCCAGGGUUUGUGGACCCAUGUCUAUAUGCUGCUAACACCCAACAUUUGCUCCGCUAUUUCACACUGCCACCUUGGAAUCUGGCCUUCAGGGGCAUGAGUCACAGCUAUACCCCAUGUGACCCAAGUCAAACUUCCAACCCAGAAAGGCCUAUGUUAUCCCAUGGCACCUGGUCAUUCUCCUCAAGGGUAGAGGAUGCAGGCACUUCCACCCACAUCACUCUUCUGUCUUGGUUUGACCCUCUAGGGCAAAGAGCUCCAUUUUAGAAGGGUGAGUCUGUACCUUGUCUUUUUCUUAUCCCUGGGGCCUCAACCUGGGUAUACUAAGUAGAAUCUGAUUUAAAACUGAAAAGGGAGAGGAAUGUAAUGUGUGCAUUUGUUUAAAAUUCUGACCACCUAAGUGCAUUCAAAAUACGUUUGAAACAGGCCAGAGCUCCAGCUUGGCCCAUACAAGACUUGCAUGGAAAAACCAUUCAUGCCAUAGGUUUUGCUUGAACCCAUUUUAUGGCUGUUUUUAUUCUUCAUUCUCCUUCUCUCUCCUAAAAAGCUAAAAAGCAAAAAUUGCCAGUUAUCCCACAGACUGCCUUAUUGCUUUCUGUGUAGCUCGAGCCUGAUUUCUUGUUCCCACUGCACCACUAGCUGUGCAUCCUUGGCAAGUUACUUAACUUCACUAAGCCUUAGGUUCCUUGUCUGUAAGGGUUGCUUUGAGGAUCAAUGAGAUAAUCCACUUAGCAUGGUGCCUGGCAUAUAGUAAGCCCUCAGUAAAUGUUAGCCAUUGUUAUUACUAGUAGUGACUAACCAUUUGUGCUUCCCUAUGUGACCAACUUGAACCAUUGGUUCUUUGCAAAUGGGUGUGGGAAAGUCUACUUUCCACCAGUAUACGAUGGUUAUGUUACAGUUGGGGGGGGGCGGUUCUCAGCAACUAAACUCUUUUAAUUCAUGAUUGACUACUUGUUUUUGUUUUUAUCAAGCAGCUUGCGGCAUCUUAGUUCCCGGACCAGGGAUUGAACCCACUCCCUCAGCAGUGGAAGUGGGGAGUCCGGGAAUGGACCGGCCGGGAAUUCCCCUAUGAUUGCUUUGAUUUCAAGUCUCAAAAGAACCAUCUCAGGAAAUAGAUCUCUGCCUAAACUUUCUAAGUCUGAGCUCCAAUCACCUCCUUUGUGAAUCAGCAAUAAUUCCCUUCUUUUAAAUCCUAAAACAUUGAUAGCCCCUCCCACAUAAAUUUAUGUUUGUUGAAUAAUUAUUAUUUUAUUGGUUCAUUUAUGUAUAUUGUCACCAUUAAGGCAUUCGCUACUUCAACCAGUUUUUGACUACCUUCGGCACGCCAGGAAUUGAGCUAAUUAGAUUUUAAAUUCUUCAUUAGUGGGUCUCCUUUUUUUGACUUUCCUGAAAGUCCUGCAGAGUUCUGGUCACAGUGGACGGCACCUCAUAGUUCUAUACAAUGAUUAUGUCCUUGAAAAGUGAAUAAAAUAAACUUUUUGGAGGCUAAAUUUUCUAAUCGGUAGCUGACUGAGUGAAGAGUCUAUUACAAACCGCUUCGCAAAGAACUCUUUUGUAAAGCGAAGGAUCCCUUCCUUUUUCAUGAAUCGUAUGUGUGAAUUCGGGAUUUCUUAAGAUGGUAUUAGCUCACAACCCGUCGGUACGCUUUCGCUUUCUGACGUCCCAGGACGUCGAAAUUCGGUUGACAGCCUCCCGCUAGAGGGCGCGCAACUGCCCACGGAGAUUCCACCCGCACU